AUGGCUUCCGACCUUACGCCUCAGGUCCUAGACGCCCUAGCGUCUAGCAACGAUCCGAUUCUGUCUAGCGAUGCCUUCCCCUCCGCCCCACCAACGUCCGUAAAAUCCGCCCUGGAUCGUUUGAGCUCCAGAGAUAUGGUGCAAUAUGAGACGAUAGAGCGAGAAGAGGCUAUUUUAUCCGAAGAAGCCGAAGGAAUUGUUGCCAACGGCAGUCACGAGGCGAAGGUGUUCGAAGCUGUUCGUGCUGCAUUGGAUGGACUGAAAAUAAGUGAACUACCUAAUAUCGUUGGGAAAGAUGUAGCAAAGGUUGGCUCGGGGAAUGCGUUCAAGAAAGGGUGGAUCAAGAAAGACAAGGAAAAUUUAAGGGUGGCUACGGAUUCUAUUGAAGACACUGCCCGAGAACAGCUACUCACUAUCAAACAAACAAAAACAUAUUCCGAUGCCAAAAUUUUAGCCGAUUUACGAAAACGAAAACUCAUCACGAUGCAAAAAGUCAUCACUUAUAGAAUAUCCAAAGGCCCCAAAUAUGCUAGAGAAUUUGUGAAAGAGCAAACCGAUCUCACAGUGGAUAUGCUUGCAGAUGGAUCAUGGAAGACCGCAAAUCUGAAACCAUAUAACUUCAAUGCGAAGGGUGCGGUAACUCCUAGCGGUGCGUUCCAUCCUUUGAACAAAGUACGCCAUGAAUUCAGACAGAUUUUUUUCGAGAUGGGGUUCGAAGAGAUGCCUACAAAUCGCUUUGUCGAGACAGGAUUCUGGAAUUUUGACGCUCUCUAUGUGCCUCAGCAACAUCCAGCUCGUGAUCUUCAAGAUACCUUUUAUAUCUCAGAUCCGCCACGCGCAGAUAAACCUCGUGAGGACCCGGAAAGUGACCCUCAUCUAUCCAAACCUCCGAGCCAAACCAACUACUCAAAAAAUAGCCCAGAAGCAGCAUUAGACUAUGAACAAUAUUGGAAAGACGUUCAUGCCGUUCAUGAGACUGGUAAAUAUGGCUCUAUUGGUUAUCGAUAUCCAUGGAGUGAAGAUGAAUCCUUGCGACUUGUCCUCCGAACACACACAACGUCGGUAUCAGCUUACAUGCUCCAUAAGCUGGCACAAAACCCACGACCAGCGAGAUAUUUCAGUAUUGACCGUGUUUUUCGCAACGAGGCCGUUGAUGCCACACAUCUUGCUGAAUUUCAUCAAAUUGAAGGAGUUAUCGCCGAUUUUGGAUUAUCCCUCGGUGGGUUGAUUGGCUUUAUGGAAGUCUUCUUCGCAAAGAUGGGCAUCCAUGGCCUCCGUUUCAAACCUGCAUAUAACCCGUAUACUGAACCUAGUUUGGAGAUUUUUGGAUACCAUCCCACUUUGAAAAAAUGGGUGGAGAUAGGUAAUAGCGGUAUGUUCAGGCCGGAGAUGUUGGCGCCGAUGGGGUUGCCAAAGGACAUGAGAGUCUAUGGAUGGGGUUUGAGUCUUGAAAGACCAACAAUGAUCAAAUACGGUGUGAGCAAUAUUCGCGAGCUUCUCGGUCACAAAACGGAUCUUACUUUCAUUGAAUCUAAUCCAGCUGUCCGUCUAGAAAAAGAUUAG